AUGGCCAGCCGCGUCUCGCUUAACGGAACUGUCAUUAUCGCGUCCUCGAAUGCAGGAUACGAGGACAUGUUGGAGAACUGGGUGCUGCAUCUGGAGCGGGUGGGUCUGGGACGCCACUUCAUAGUCUUUGCUGCUGACAGCAAGAGCCUCGAAUUCGCCCACUCCAAAUGGCCUGGCCAGAGGGUGGCGGUGGAGGAGGGAAGGGGAAGGGCCAUGACAUCACGCCUUUUGAGAAUUCUCAAAAGUGAUUCCCAAAGAGGGGAAGGGCCAUUACAUCACGCCCGGCACAACCCCCCAUGCCACCCGUCCAUCCCCCGUACUUUGGCAGCGAGGAGAGGGCAGACGUGGAGGGAGGGGGCAUCACGCUUCAAGUUGGCACACCCCUCCACCGCAUUCCACCCCUCCCCACUCCUGCAGGCCAUUCAUCUCGACCUGAGCGGGCAAUUUGGUCAGGAGGAGAGGGCGGACGUGGAGGGCGCAUCGGUCAUUGGAACAGCAGCCUUCCACCGGGUGGCAUCCCACCGCGCCAUCUACAUCCACCAUCUGCUCUCCUUCGGCUUCUCGGUCCUCUACAGCGACAUUGACAUCGCCUUUCUGCACAACCCCCUCCCCUUCUUCCAAAAACCUGACUCUAGCGGCAGCAGCAGUGGCAGCAGUAGCGGCGACAUUAAACCUGGCCCUAGCUUAGGUGCAUCUGCUGCGGCUGCCGAAACUAUCACCGAUUUCGACAUGUUCCUCACCCACGACCGCUACAUGAAGCAGCCCUCGCCCUACAUCGACCCCAUCGACCCCACGUUCAUCAACGGCCAGCCCCUCUUCUGCAGCUGCUUCCUCUUCUUCCGCCCCACUCUCCCCGCAAAGAGCCUCGUAGGCAACUGGGCGUUUCGCAUGGCAAAGCUAGGCCGGCAGGGGGGUCUAGACCAAGACCAGCUGAAUCUAGUCAUGCAGUGGAUGCUUGAGCGGAAGGUGCUUCCGAGGAUAGGUGUGCUGCCGCCGCUGCAGUUCCCGUCCGGGCAGCUGAUGAAGGAUCACUGGGGGAGGUUUGAGGAGGUGCGGCCGAGAGUGGUGAUGGUGCACGCGAAUUAUCUCACUGGGAAGGUUGCGAAGAUCAAGGGGUUGAAGAAGGCGGGGCUGUGGCGGGUGAAGGUGAAAGAGCAGGGGAAUGCGACUGCUGCUGCUGGUGCUGCUGCCUCUGGGGCUCCUGCUGCUGCGGCGGCUGGGAAGGGGAAAGGAGAUAGUGACAAGGAGGCAGGGGUAGUAGAAGGCGAUGAGGAAGAAGUGGAGAAGGAGGAUGAGGAGGAAGAGGAGGAGGAGCCGGUGCUGCUGUUCCCAAUGCCCCGGCGGCCAGAUGAGGCUGGAGAGGUGGACAGUCUUGACGAGACCCCUGGGAUGCUGGAGAGGGGGAGAGAGGAGGGCCGCGCAGGGGGGAAGGGCAAGGUGGGGGAGGCCCGGGUGGGGGAGCCGCUGGCAGGAGGAGGGGGAGAGGGAGGGGGAGCGUCAGGGGGAAGUGGUGGGGAGGGAGGGGGGGAUUGGGAGGCGGAGGUGUUGGGAGCGGUGGAGCCGUGGGUAGGGGAGCAUCUUGGGGAGAUGGAGGAGAAGGGGAUGAGGAUCAAGGGGGCUGCUGGCAUGGUGAUCGUCACUGUUGCCUGCGAUGGUGCGUUGCUUUCCUUUUGUCAGGAAGGUGAUUUCUGGAUUGAUGCAGCAUGCAUGUGUGGGGGAGCAUGUGGGGAAGGUGCAGGAAGGGGGGAUGCGCAUCAAGGGGGGCUGCUGGCGUGGGGGGCUGCUGGCGUGGUGAUCGUCACUGUCGCCUGCGAUGGCCAGGAUGUGUUAUUCCGCAACUGGUUCACCCAUGUGGGCCACAUCCCUCCCCUUACAAGCCUCCUGUUGCUCCCUCGCCCAUGUCUCCCCGUGCCUGAUUUUCCACCAUCGGCCCCCCCGCACAUUCAGGCCAGGAGGCGUUAUUCCGCAACUGGCCAGGAGGCGUUAUUCCGCAACUGGUUCACCCAUGUGGGCCGCAUCCCUUCUCUCGGCAACAUUGUGCUCGCUUCCGUGCCUCCUCAGAUGAGCAUGCCAGGCGGCCAUGUGAUCACACGCUCCAGUGACAGCGUGUCGCCCCGAGUGGCCAGAGCCACGUGCCUGCUGCUGCCGCCCCUCAUCCUCGCCCGCUUGCUGGCUGUCAACGUCACUGUUGUCUACAGCGACAUCAACUCGGUGUGGCUGCGUGACCCUCGCCGCUACUUCCCGCCAUCCCAUUCCCUCGUGCUGCCCUCCUUCUCCCACCAAGACCCGCCUCUGCAGCAGCAGCAGCAGCAGCCAGACAUGCCACCAGCGCAAGGGGCAGCAGAGAACAGGCAGCAGGCAGCAGCCCCUGCACCCCCCAACACCACCGCCCUCGCACCGUCCCUCCUGGGGUCCCUCUCUCCAUGGCUCAUGGCUCUUCGCCCCACCCCUGCUGUGCAAGCCAUGGUGCAUCGGUGGGCUGUUGGGGCUUUAAGGGGAUAUGUGACGGCAGGUGCGGCAGCAGCAAGGGGUGGUUCAGGGGUGUUUUCUGGUCCGGAGGUUCUUAGCACGGCGCUGAAUCACGCUGUGGCUGAGAUGGUUCGGGGAGAGAGGCUCGUGGGAGUUGAGGAGGAUGGGUUCGCUGUAGGUUCGGAAGGAGCUGUGGACGCAGGCAUGGAAGCAGGUACUGAAGCAGGUACGGAAGCAGGUACGGGAGCAGGUACGGGAGGAGGCACAGGAGGCACAGGAGAUACAGGAGCGAGCGUGGGGGUACUUCCAGAGAAGUUAUUCCCCCCUGGGUGGAGGGCGGUAGGGGACAGAGCAUGGCUGGAGGCGCAUAGGAGAGAGAUAGUGGCUGCGCAGGUGAGCUGUGGGGAGGAUGGCAGGCAGCAGGAGGUUUGUCUUCGAGACAUGAAGCUGUGGCUGUAA